AUGGCCAUUUCUGUGUCAAAGAAGAAAGCUAAGAGUUACAAAAGAGUUGAACCUAAAGAACUUAGCUUCUUUUUCUCUUCUUUCUUAGCUAAACUUUUCUUUAGAGUACCAACUAUAGUCCUCAUCUUGAUUCUCAUCUUCUUAUGGUCUUCUUCUACUACCAUUAUUUCUGGUAAAGUUGUCCAUAUCUGUGUCUCAUCUCGCAAACUCAACAAUCUUUAUUGCAUUUCUGCUGGCACUGAACCUAAUCUUGACACCCCGAGUUCGCUUCUCAAUGGCACUUCCCUUUCCAUUUUAGUUGAUCAGAAGGAUACAGCAUCAAAUAUUGUCGAUGUUCUACAAAAAGAAUCUAGUCCUCUUGACAUUCCAUCGCCAAUGGUCAAUGAAAGUUCCACAUCCACUAAUAAUGUUGUCGAUGUUCUGCUAAAAGAAUCUAGUCGUCUUGACAUUCCAACGCCAAUGGUCAAUGAAAGUUCCACAUCCACUAAUAAUGUUGUCGAUGUUCUGCUAAAAGAAUCUAGACCUCUUGACACUCCAACACCAAUAGUCAAUGGAAGUUCCACAUCUACUGAUAAUGUUGUUGAUGUUCUGCUACAAAAGUCUAGUUCUCUUGACAUCCCAAUUUCGCGUGUCAAUGAGAGUUCCACAUUCACUCCUAGUGAGAAACAAGCAAGUACAAGUGUAUCUGUUGAUUCUAUUGCAGGAAAUCAAAUUCUUGCUUUCAGAAACAACAUGGUUAAAAGUGGUGAUGAGGAACUAGAAAUGGCUUACAAUGAUGUAGAGGAUCAAUUGCAGGUGCAUCGUUCGUGGGUUGCAACAAGCAAAAAUCAUACAACAUGUGAUGGCAGGGGAAUUUAUGUGUAUGAAUUACCAACAAAGUUCAACAAAGACUUGGUAGCUCAAUGUGAAGAUAUGAUUCCUUGGGUCAAUCUCUGCAAGUACUUCAGCAAUGAUGCAAUGGGUGAAUCGAUACAGAAACUUGGAAAAGGGUGGUACCAAACACAUCAGUAUUCAUUGGAGCUGAUAUUUCAUUCGCGCGUUAUGAAUCAUCCUUGUAGAGUAUACAAUGCAGAUGAAGCUAAGCUAUUUUAUGUGCCUUUCUAUGGUGGAUUGGAUAUCUUGAGAUGGCAUUUCAAGAAUGUCUCGAACGAUGUCAAGGAUACGUUGGGACUAGACCUUGUAAGAUGGCUAGAGUCACAAAAACAUUGGUUUCAAAAAUCAGGUAAUGAUCAUGUCUUUGUUUUAGGAAAAAUUUCAUGGGAUUUCAGAAGAUCUAGUGAGACAAAAUGGGGGAGUAGGUUCUUGGAACUAGAUGAAAUGCAGAAUCCGGUUAAGCUCUUGAUUGAACGACAACCUUGGCAUGUUAACGACAUAGGAAUACCUCAUCCUACUUAUUUCCAUCCACAAUCGGACGAUGAUGUAAUCACGUGGCAGCUCAGGAUCAUCAAGUCAAAUCGGAAAAGCCUCGUGUCCUUUGCUGGUGCAGCUAGGCCUGGUGCACCAGAGAACAUAAGGUCAAUGUUGAUCAACCAAUGCACUUCAGCUAAAGAUGAAGAAUGCAAAUUCUUGAAUUGUAACUCAGGUAAAUGUGACCAGCCCGAGUCGAUAAUUGAGCUAUUCAUGGAAUCUGAGUUCUGCUUGCAACCUCCAGGUGAUAGUCCAACACGAAAAUCAGUUUUCGAUUCGUUAAUAUCAGGUUGUAUUCCUGUGAUCUUUGAUCCCUUUACCGCGUACUAUCAAUAUUCAUGGCAUUUACCAGAAGAUCAUAGAAAAUACUCAGUUUUCAUAGAUCAAGAAGAUGUGAGAAAUAUGAAAGUCAAUGUUAUUGAGAGGCUUCUGCAAAUUCCUGCUAGAGAAAGAGAGAACAUGAGAAGAUACAUUAUUUAUGAGUUGUUACCUGGAUUAGUGUACGGAGAUCCAAAGUCUAAGCUGGAGAAAUUCCAAGAUGCAUUCUCUAUAACUAUAAAUAAUCUGUUUGAAAGAUUGAACAAAUUGGAAUCAUGA